AUGAUUACCCACUCGGUCCAACCCCCCGCGCCCGGAGAGACCACGCUGUCCGCAAACGUGGCCGGAUUUGCACAUCUGCUGGAGGAGCUGAGGGCCACGGGGUCCGGGCUGGAGCAGGCGGAGGGAGUCCAUGAGGGUCUGCACCGGGAGCUCCAGGACCUGCUCCGCUACUGCAGCAAAGGGGAGGCCUGGAGCGCGAGGAGCAGGGAGCAGCUGUCCGAGGCCCGGCGAGCCUUCGGGGAGGUGGAGGAGAGCAGGAGGAGCAUACAGAAACGUGUGAGGGACGUGGUCGUGGUGCUGGAGGGGAUCGGGACGAGCUACAAGCAGAGGCUGAGGAGGACGGACGUGAUGAGGCUGGAGUCUAAGCCUCUGAACCCGCGGCAGGCCAUGGUCAAACGACUCUCGGUGGUGAACUUAGAGAACUUUAAGAGACAGUACGCCAGACGCAGAUGGAAGUUUUCGUUCAGGAUCGUGGCGCUUUGCAAUCACCUGACACGGAUCAUGAAGAAGAGUCCGAAGCAGCUACAAGACGGGAGAGACUGUGAAAGUGACCAAGAGGAGGAGAUCCUGAGGAGGAAGCCCCGCACCCGCAAGAGGAGCAGCACCUCCUGA